AUGUCUUGUGACCCAACCGCUUGCUUGGCGCGGGUCAAACUCGGUCAACAGCAUCCCAGAGCUUUCACCAAGCAAGCACGCCUUCAUGUCCAACAUGGAAUCUUUGCUGCAGCCAUCCCCAGCCCGCACGAGGUCUUGAGACCAGCGAAGCCCGGCGCCUCGCUUGGUUCGGCCAAUGAUCUCGGAGCUCCUCCCGAGCUUUCCGGACCCUUGGACGGCGCCCGUCUUCAGGCUUCAGCUUGUCUGCUUGUCUCUCGGGUUGUAGCUGUGAUAGUCCUCUUCAUUAUGUAUGACGCAACACCUAUCCAGGCUUAA